AUGUCAAAACGGGAAAGCACCGGCGAGGAUGAGAGGUCUGUUCCACCCGUCUAUGCUCCUACUCGCGCGAUCGUCUGACACUCAACAGGCCGCCAAAGAGACCACGCCAAGAACAUUCAUCUCAGCCUCCUAAAGUAGAAGAGAUCCACUUUGCGAGACAGCUACAGGACCUCCUCAUAUUCCGACAAGAUGGCAUCCAACAGCUCCGCAAUGGGGUUGCUUCCUUUAAGGCCUUUUUGGAGAGCAUCUUAUAUCACAAGGAAGAAGACCAUCGCGGAAGACAAAUUUCGAUUCUCCGCGAGUACCUCGAAACUCAGAAACCUUCAGAGAAAGACACAGAGAGGCCUUUCUUGCCCCAGCUAUGGCAGGCGUGGUCUUUUGCCAACCAGAAUAACAAUGACCACUUGGCUUCGUCAAUAUCUGCUGUUCUGGCACUCCUUCUGAAAACACUCUCUGGUGUACUUGAUCUUCGGGAACAUGGUGUUCUUCUUGGCAGAACGGUCCUUCAACAUCAACAUUUGCGCUUGAUCAAGCGGUGCUUGGAUGCUCCGAAGCACAAGGACUUUAUCAUUUCGCCGUCCUUGCGCCUACUCACUGAGGUAACAAGCUUCGAUGGAGGAGUCCUUGCCCGACAAGUGUACAAACGAAGAGAGGAGACCUUCGACAUCAACAAUCUCCGUCGACUAUUGGGCGUGGUCAAGCUUGAGUACGUCUACCAAAUACCAUACAGAUCGCGAGACUAACUUUUACUUGCAGUAUCUCCGAGGAAGAAGCCCGGCGCAAGCCAGCAUUAAGGACCUUGACUCUGCGAUACAUCUUGACGCUUUUGAAAUACCUGCACGAAGGUGGAAAGAUAGAUGUGUUGAAGAACAAACCUCUGUGUGGCGCGAUGUUCCAACACAUCCAAGAUGACCCUUCUGACCUAGUCGCCGAGCUUCUCAACACUAUGGAGCAGAGUAUACUCAAGGACGCCGAACUUCCUCGAUCCUCGAAAGCUGCACUACUUACGCCACAAAAUUUGGAAAGAGUCACAUCGAUUGCUUCGAGGGGAAAUGAGGCUCACAGUGCUUCGGAUAGAGCAUAUGUAUGGCUCAAGACAGUGUGCACCCACCACGUCUACGGCGUCUUCAGGAAAAGCGGCUGGUAUCCUCCUGGAACAAGCCACCUCAACUCGACCGGCUCCGAUAAACUCAUUCAGCUCGGACUUGACAGUAUUGAAUUCUACGACAGCGCCGAGUCCAUCAACGUGCGGAAUCCAAUAUUACUAUCUUGGAUCCAAACUUUGCGGGCUCAGAGCAACGAGCGGGAGAGGGAGCUUCUCAUCACUUGUUUCGCUUCGGCGCCUGAACUUGUCGCCGCUUACUUUUCGCAAAAGCCGUUCCAGCUCGAGCCAAAACUGUCGAAUACGUGGAUUGGAUAUGCGUCGCUGAUGUUUGAGGUCGUAAAUCUUCCUGUGCCAGAAAACUUUGGAGACGAGGAAGAAAUCCCGAAUCUACCACCACAAACCUCCAUCGCGGUCGAAAGCAUCUUACCACGGCCUUUGAAUCGAGGCGUUCUCACACGCUGUUUGAAUCAGAGCAGCGGAUUGAUCACAUUCUUUGCUGUGCGGAUACUCGUUAAAGCUUUCGAAAAGCUUUCAAUUGUGUUGAGCCAGCUGCGCCGUGGACCACAUACGGAACAAGCGCUAUGGGACGAAGCUGCAGAGAGGCUGCGCGAACGGUCCGAUGCGCGUUGCCCAGCGAUGAAGGAUGUCAUCGCUGCUUAUCGAAAAAUACCAGAUGACCACGAGCAUGCCAUGCAGCGCGAAGCUGCUACAAAGCUAGUGUCUCUGUACUACGAGGUCAGCCCUGUCCAGGCUUUGGAGGAGCAGUUUGAUGUUUCAGUUGCACUGGCUACAGCGUUGCGACGCAGCGAGAAAGCUGGUGCGAAUGACGAAGAGCUUCGAACAUUCAGAGCGCUUGAGCUGGAGCACCUGCUCAACAUUGCCCGACACGGGACAAACAUGAGAUGGUUCAACAAGCAAGGCAGUCUCGAACACCCGCCCUCAGUGGCGCUGCUCAGGAUACAUCGGAAAGACAAGAGGAACAAGCAAAUCAGGUCGCUCUUAGGCCAUGUCCUGACCGAGAACGGCAUUCUGAACCAGCAGAAAGUCAACGAAGGCCCAUCUCCGUUGGAUGCACUUGUUGCGAGCACCCUCGAUCUCCAGGAUGGAAGUAGUGUUUGGGCCUUUGUCGAGGAUUGCUUCACCCGAUGCGUUCGACAGCCCGUGAAAUAUGUCGACAGCUUGGAGGCAAUUUCAGCUGAUGGAAAAGGUUCAAUCGAGGGCGUUAAAACCAAUCUACCGAGCCUCCUUACUGCUGUCCUCCUUGAACAGGCUUCAUUCGUCGCCGCCCAGUCCGACACCGCAGGUAAGGAGAGACAGGCAUGGAUCGUCCAAUUCCUCGGUCUACUCAGCCAGACAUCUGACGAUUGCGAAAUACUGCGACAACUGUCUACACAAGCUACUCAGACCCUUGGUCUAAAGAUCAAGAAGGCCGACAAAACGAGCGCGAAGGCACUACUCGCAGAUCUGACAAUCGAAGAGACCGGAACCAGUGCCGCGGAGGCUGAGCAAACGGUCAUAGCAGGAGAGACACCUGUGCAGCUACCGUAUGAGCCUCCUCAAAAGGAAGCUAGCAGCCACCCAGAACUUCUACGAUGGUCACAGAAAGAUCUCGAGCUUGCAAUAGAGGACGGUGAUGUCGACGCACUUAUUUUGGACCUUUGCUCCGAGCAAGUCAGCGUACGAAAGCAAGCGGCUACUCAAAUCAACAAGCUCAAAUUCCAGCUUCGGGCCGCCACAAGCCAGGAGAACAGUGCCCAGCUUGCUCUCCUUGUCGGCGAGUUAAUGGAGACAUUCGAGCAGCAGUACACCAAUCCUGUCAACCCAAUGCCCUACAUUGCUGGAACCUUUGCGGUGCGGGCUUUACACGUACAGACUCAGCCUCAGCAUUUCAUCUACCCCAAACUGAACCACUUCCUGAUACGAGGCCCGGAAUGGCGAGCCAACACACUACCCAGCUACUGGUUAUCCACCACAGUCCUUGACCAACCAAAGGUCGACGACGCAUACUGGCGCGAGGCUCAAUGGGUUCUAGACUGGCUCGUCGAUGGCCUCCGGACCCCCGCUGACCUGGAAAUCUUGCGACGAGGCAGCAUUUUCGAGAAACUCCUCGGCUUAUGGAUCUCCCCUGGCGCCGCAAGCCACAAACAAAUCCGAGAGAAAUGCUUCGAACUCGUAUUCCGCGCUUCGUGCGUCGAAAGUGGGAGUGAUUUUCUCAUCACGAGAAUCGGGAUCCUGAGCUGGCUGGAUAUGGUUUCUACUUCUGAUGCGAAAGCUGCGGUGUUGAAGGAUCGAAUUCUAGAGACUUGUGAUACCGAGCGAAUCCAGGCAUGGAAGGGAGGGAGGAAGGCUUCGAAGAUUGUAUGA